AUGAUGAAUGGCGAACAUAAUGACGGACAAGUAUCAGAUACUUAUUUGGAUAAUAUUAUAAAACAACUCGAAAUAUCCGAUGGAUCACAAGCAACAUCAUGUGUUCGUUCGGUUUUUGUUCGAAACGAUGCGGGAACAUUUUUGAGAAAACUUGAUGAACGUGUUAAAUACUAUGAUAAUGAAAUAGAAAAAUUAUGUAAUUUUCAAUAUCAAGGCUUUGUUAAAGCGUUUCAUGAAUUAUUACAAGUACGCAAAGAUACAACAAGUAUGAAGAAUGAACUUGUGAAAAACAAUCAAAUGAUGCAACAAGCUGGACAAAGUCUAGCAAAAAAAACUGAAUCUUUAAUUAAAGAAUAUCAUCGUCAGGGUAACAUUCAACAAACGAUUGAUGCAUUAGCACAAGCAUUUCCAGUGUUUGAAACCUAUCGAAAAUUACAAGACUGUAUGGAAGAGAAAAAACUUUAUCCAGCAUUGAAAUUACUUGAACAAUUAGAAACUAAACAUCUUGCUCUUGUCAAAGAACAUCGCUGGUCGGAACUUAUUCAAAAUAAUAUUGCAAAAUUCCGUAAUCAAAUUCGUAAUGAAUCACAUAAUGAAUUGAAAAAUUUUCUUGAAAAUGUUGCAACACAUGCAGAUAAAAUUGGAAAAAGCGCUUUUGCACAAGCAGCUGCUCGUCUUGAUAUAGAUCGUCGUUAUUAUACAUUGGAAGAAGAUCGUAGAAGAGAUCAACAACAGCAAGUUGAUGGAUCGGCUGAUUUAGCUUUAAUAAACAUGAAUAUAACUGAAUUAAUAGAUUUCUCUCCAAUAUAUAAAAGUCUUCAUAUAAAUUUAUUUCUCAAUUGCAAAGAAGAAUUUUCUAAACAUUAUCAACGUGAAAAACAAAAACAAGCACCUGUUAUAAUGGAUGUUCCACCUAAAAUGCAUGAAUCAUUUGAUGCAUUUAAAAAAUAUUUACAACGCGUAACAGGAUUUUUUAUUGUUGAAGAUCAUGUCAUGAAUACAACUGAAGGUUUAAUCGAUCAACGAUUUUACUAUGAAUUGAGUGAACGUGCAACACAACAAUUAUUAGCUGUACUUAGACGAGCAGUGUCAACAUCGUAUAAUCCAGAUUUAAUGUUGGAUAUGAAAAUUGUUGUUGUACUUUUCUGUGCUGCAAUCAAAGAAUCUGGCUUUCCAGUCACACCUCUAUUAGAUGUUUUAAUGGAAUUAAGAGAAAGUUAUCAACAAUUAUUACUAAAUCAAUGGAGUAUCAAAUUUAAAGAAAUUCUUCGAAAAGAUAAUUAUAUACAAAUGGUUAUUGAAGAUGAAACACAAUAUCAACUUCUUUUACGACAAUUUCCAUUGAGAAUUGAAGCAACUGAAAGAUUACCAUUUCCACGUUCAUUACCAUAUAGUGAAUCAGUACCAAAGAUAUUUUUAGAAAUCAAAGAGUUUGCAGCUGUUUGCGCAAAAUUUGCUAAAGGUCUUAAUGUUAGUAAAACUGAAAUUGAUGACAUGAUUCGAAAGCCAUCAAAUUUAUUAUUAACAAAAACUCUCAAAAGUGAUUUAGUAGAGUUAACAGCUGCUGAAUCAGAAACACAACUUAAUUUUUCACAACUUGUUCAAAUUUGUAUUAAUACAAUACAUUUAGAAAAUGCAAUGCCUUAUCUAGAAGAUUAUAUUGUUGCUCUAGUACAUGGUAGUACUAAACAACUUGGACUUCGCCUACAAGGUGCUUCGAUGCUUAAAGAUAUUCGCAGUCUAGUAGAAGAUCGUAUUCAUGAUAAGUUAAAUGAUAAAAUCGAUCAAUGCUUGGAUAUUGCUUCAUACGAUUGGAUGAUGCAAGAAUCGAUGGGUGUUGCUAGCGACUAUAUAACCACAACAAUUAAAUUUCUUGAAAAUACAUUUCGUGCAUUCACACAUUUACCAACACAAUUAUCUCAAACAACAUGUUUAUUAGCAUGCAAACAUAUAUCAACAUCAUUAAUAGACAAAAUUCUCAGUGCAGAAGUGAAAGCUAUAUCACUCGGUGCACUUGAACAAAUGAGUUUGGAUUUAAUGCAAUGUGAAGUAUUUGCAUCGAAAGUGAAUAUUGCAAAUUUGGAUAGUGAAACAUUACUGCUAUGUUUUCAAGAUUUACGUCAAUUAUUUGAUCUUAUUAUGGAUAAACAAUGGUCCGUCUAUUUUGAACGAUACGGUGAUCCUGAUUCACCAUUUGGCCGUGUUAAUCCUCAUACAGUUUUAACUGUUGUUGAAAAACUACGCGAAGGAUUAAAACGACCAUUAUUACUCAAGUUUAAUCGACCAGCUUUGGAAAAAGAAAAUAUUAAAUUAUUUGAAACAGUCUCAAAAGAUUUACGCAGUUUAAUUAUUGAUACGUCAUAA